UUGGUGACAAGGUGAUGGUGCUGGCCAGGGCGGGGCUCUGGCAGGAAGUCAUCACUGUCCCAGCCAAUCAGACUUACCUGAUGCCCGACGGAAUGAGCUUCGAGGAAGCGGCCGCCUUCCUGGUCAACUACAUCACGGCGUACAUGAUCCUCUUUGACUUCGGGAACCUGAGACCCAACCAGAGCAUCCUCGUCCACAUGGCUGCCGGGGGGGUGGGAACGGCCGCCAUCCAGCUCUGCAAGACGGUGGAAAACGUCACCAUCUUUGGCACGGCUUCCGCCUCCAAGCAUGACGCCCUCAGGGAAAGCGGAGUCACUCACCCCAUUGACUACCGGACGAUGGAUUACGUGGAGGAAGUCCGGAAGAUCUCCCCGAAAGGUGUUGAUAUUGUCUUGGACCCCCUGGGAGGAUCGGACACUUCCAAAGCCUUCCACCUCCUGAAGCCGAUGGGCAAACUCAUAACCUAUGGGGUGGCAAACCUGCUCACCGGGCAGAAGAAGAACCUGAUGGCCAUGGCGAAGACGUGGUGGAACCAGUUCAGCAUCAAUGCCCUGCAGCUCCUGCACCUCAACAAGGCCGUGUGCGGCUACCACCUGGGCUACCUGGACGAGGAGCUGGAGCUCGUCGGGGGCGUCGUGGCCAAGUUGCUGAGCCUGUACAGCCAGGGCAAAAUCAAGCCCAAAAUAGACUCCGUGUGGCCCUUUGAGCAGGUGGCCGAUGCCAUGAGGCAGAUGCAAGAAAAGAAGAACGUUGGGAAAGUCAUCUUAGUUCCUGAGCUGCCGAAGGAAGAGCCCAAAAAAGAGGAAAACUAAAGCGAGGAGACGUGUCUGCAGGUGGUGAAUUUGUGGUUUAACGCCUAACCCUUUUGGGAGCUGGGAAUGGGCGGAUCGCUGCCCUCUUCCCCGUUAAGGGAACGAUACAAUUUUUUUUUUACAAGCCAGUUGUAGGCGUGUGAGCACGGGGGGUUGUGAAUCACGUGCACCCGCCACGACCAGCCUCUCUCCAGGUGUGACUGCAUAACCCUAAGCCCCAAGCCUCCUACUCUAGCCCUGCUUUUCUCACCUGCCACUUCCGGUUGUUAUGUUUCCAUUGCCAAAUUCCUACCCGAGUUCUCUCUGGCAAUGCCUCUCUGGCCUCCGAGCUGGCAGUGAUUAAUGGCUGUGUAGUGCGUUGCUGCAAAGCGUAAACGCAGAUUGUUAUAGCAACCAUUGACUGUCUCCAUAGAAACGGAGGCCUUGUGGCAGUCUGAAGCUGCACGUUCACGAGACGGAUGUGCCAAGCCAGAGAUGCUUGUCAAUGAAAUUGCUGUAGGAAAAUAGCAUCGACCCCUGCAUUGUUCUAGUGCCGGUUAUUUCUCUGACUUCGCUGCUCUGUCGUGACACUUUCCUUCUUCCUCUCCCUCCUCUUCCUCUCCCCCUGUCAUCUUCGAUGCGUCUUUUUCAUUUGCUUGUUCCUUCUCUGUGCAACCUGAGGAGUUAGGCUGGUGCCCUAUGAAUACUAAAGAGAAAUUUCAAUUCAACAGUUUGCUCUCGUCCAUUUUCUGCUCCCAAACCGGUCAGGAAAGUCUAAACCAAUUCGGUGGUCAGGGAUGGGUUUGGCGACCGACAGGACUCGGCUGUGUCUCCCAAACGAGUGACCCAUUUGUGUUGGCUCUGUGUGCUUUGUUAACGUUGGGCUCUGAAUGUCCAUCCGGCUAAACUCCCCCGCCCCCACCCCACCCCGUGUUUGUUACCAAGGGCUGCCCAUGUGGAACCGGGUCUGCGAGGCUGGGACCAUGCCAGCCUCGCGGUCGGCCGUGGCUUCUGUGCUUGCGUGCGCUGGGAAAGGGGCUACUGCCAGGCUCAGGAAGGUCUGGGCUGGCGUCCGCCCUUUGGAGAAGCCAGCGUGUGACUCGGAGUGAGGCGCGCGUUGUAGAAAUCAAACGUCUGGGCUCAGAUCCGUCAAACCCUGCUGGUGGGUGGAUCUCACCUGGUUAGCUCCCGGCUUUUGUUUUGCACUUUCCACUCCAGUUUUAAUUGGCUUUUCAGAUUGUCCACUAGUCCCC